UAUAACGCAAGUUUGCUGACAGUUGACCCACCUGGCUUGUUCAUGAACACGCAACUCGAUAAUCGGUGGCGUUCGCCUUCUUGAAUUGACUCUGUGGCUGUUGGGGUGAAUUGGAAGAGCUGUUCAAAACAUCGAACACGGUGAUGAGCAAGGAAUCAGAACAGGCUUCUGGUGAUCUUGUUGCCAUAUGGGAUGUGCCUCUCAAUGAUGGAGUUCAUAGGAUUGAAUUUGAACAUGGCACAGCAUCUGGUAAACGCAUUGUAAGAGUUGAUGGAAAAGAAAUAAUCCACCGUGACUGGAUGUUUAAGUUGGUCGGUGAUGAAAUAUUCAACAUUGGAAAUGCUAAAUGCGUGCUUAAAGUUAUGCCUGCUGGAGCAUUUUCCUUUUCUUAUGAGCUUUGUGUGAAUGACAAAAGCUACCAAAAGUUCACAGAAAUACAACGAAAAACAAAAAAAACAUGGCUGGUAGAGCUUGAAAGUGGAUCAUUCAGAGUUAUUUUAGAAAAAAGUACACUAGAUGUUUGGGCAAAUGGCGAGAAUUUGGAAUGUACUCAUGAAUUUGUAGAAGAUGGCAGUGAAACACUCUUUUAUCUUGGAGGAAGACCAGCAUGUAUUAAGACUGUGACAAGUGGAAAACGAAAAGAAGGUAUUGUCCAUAUCCUUUUUGUGGAUGGGAAUAUUAUUGAAGAAAACAAUUCUGUGUAAAGCUUCUGAUAUGUACUAGUUUUUGAGCUUACAGUUUGAGUGUCAAUCUAGAAGUGCCCUUAAAUGUCACUGUUUCUGAACCAUCUUCAUUGUAUGAAAGUAAAGUGAAUAUUUUGUAAUAAAAAUUUCUUGAUUAUAUAAAUGACCAACACAAUUGUAAUCACAAAUAAACAAACAAAGAUGCUUGCCAUUAUGUGCCUUUUGCUGCCAGUGAGUAAAUGAAAAAUG